CAGAAGUUCACUAUAUAUACUACACCUGGUGUAAAGGCGUAGGUGGAUGCAUCUUAUAUAUGGUAUAUUUUAUAAACCCAAAUGUUCUGAAGCACCAUUGAUAAAACGGAUAUUGGUAGUGACCAUGACAGAUUUUCAUCUACCUAUCAUAGACUUAUCAAAGUCUAAAACUCACAGAGACGAACUGUCAAAGCAACUUGUCAACGCUUUAGAAACGGUUGGAUUUCUUUAUAUCGAUAAUGUCGAAGGCGCAGAUUUCGAGAAAAUGUUUCAAUGCUCUAAAUGGUUCUUCGAUCAACCAAUCGAAAUUAAAGGAAAAGUAAUGAGAAAUUACUGGAACCCAGAAAAUACAAAUUUGUACAGAGGAUAUUUUCCAGUCGUAGAAGAUUAUCCAAAUCACAAUGAAUGUUUCGAAUUCGGCCGUGACAUAUCUGCCAUUGAUGAAGACAAUAAUCCAGAAAACUGGUUUUAUGAGCGUACUCCAUGGCCGAAAGAAGAUGCAAAGUUUCCAUUCAAAGACAUCUUUCAAAACCAAUAUGAAGCUGCACAUACGGCAGCAAUGGAAAUUCUUCGACUUGUAGCAAGAGGCGUUGGUUUAGCAGAGGAGACGUUCGUUGAGAUGUUUACGGAUAAACCAUGCAGUACUUUCCGUAUUACGCAUUAUCCUCCUUGGAAUGGCACACCAUCUCCUAAUGCUAUUAUAACGGAUGAUGGUAAAUGUGUCACACUGUCUCAGCAUACUGAUACCAACUUUCUCACAUUGAUAUGUACUUUUGCUUAUCAGGGACUGGAAAUACUUGGUGCGGAUGGUAGUUGGAACCCAGUUGCUCCAAGGAAAAAUAGUUUCGUCAUGAAUAUCGGGGAUUUGUUCGCAAAGAUGACGAAUGGGAGAUUCAAAGCAACAAUUCACCGCGUAUUAGAUAUUGGAGUAGAUCGGUACUCUUCUGGAUUUUUCCUUGAACCAUCCUAUGAAAGUGAUGUUGGAAUUAACCUUCUAUCCAGAACAGAGGAUUCAAAACACAUUCCGGAGAAAUAUGGACCAUAUAUGAUCAAUGCUACCAAAUAUGUUAAACAGAACUACCUUGAAUAUGAAGGGCUUCCCGAUUUCGAAAAUGUCAGAGAAACAUAUUACGGGAAAAAUAAAGAAGACUUAUUAAAUUAAAAUGUGUAACAAGUAUGUAUGGUGUGUACAAAUACUUAUAGCGGCUUUAUUAUGCAUAUAUUUAACACUGUUUAAUCGAUAUACAUACAUAUCUAUAAAUGCAUAUUUAAAAAUAAAAUAUGUAGUGAUGCACAA